AUGCAUGACUCUGUGGGAACGGGGACCCGAGUUCAGGUGGGAGUCCGUAUUUUCCCUACGCGUCAGGGUGAGAGGUCAGUGGUACACGGCGACCCGGAUGACAAUCAUGUCGUUGUGAUAGACGGUGAGGGCACUAAAGGUGGCUCUGCCCUCAAAUUCGACCGAGUGUUCACUGGCUCUCAGGAGGAGGUCUAUGAUUUUGUUGGGAGACCGAUGCUGAAGGAGGCGUUUGAAGGCUUCAAUGUUUGUUUAUUUGCAUAUGGGCAGACGGGGACAGGGAAAACAUAUAGUCUUUUUGGUGAUCUGAACGAUAAGACGAGGUGUGGAAUUGCACCGCGCUUUGCUCAGGCAAUGAUUGAGGAGGGCCAGCGCCGUAUGGAAGCGGACAAUCGCGCAACGAUCAGAUUUUCCUUGACAAUGGUAGAAGUGUAUAUGGAGAAGGUGCGCGAUCUGCUCGCCCCGCGUGUGCGAGGACAGGAGCCGGAGGCGCUAGAAAUUCAUGAGGACAAUCAGCGACGUGUUUAUGUGAAGGGUGCUGGUAUACACCCUGUGCUGAGUUUGGAUCGUCUGAUGGAGUUACUCAGCAUCGGCAAUGCUAACCGGCAAAAGGGAGAGACAAAAAUGAACGAAACCAGCUCCCGAUCGCAUGCCAUUAUUCAGCUUACUAUUUCCCAGCAGCACGAAUCACUUGAGACGAAGGAUGUGGAAAGUGUUGCGAUGCUGGUGGACUUGGCGGGAAGCGAGCGGCAGAGCAAAGCAGAAUCCACUGGUCUUGCCUUUGAGGAAGCGAAGAAGAUAAACCAAUCUCUUCUGAUGCUCGGGCGGGCGCUGAACUCCUUUAGUGAUCGGAAGGGGAGUGACGGUUUCAUCUCGUUGCGCGCGUCGAAACUGACUCGGCUUCUCUCAGAGAGCUUUGGUGGUAACAGCAAAACGUGGAUGCUUGCGACAGUGUCCCCUUCCGCCUCGAACUUAACCGAGACAAUAUCCACACUUGAGUAUGCACAGAACGCGUCGGCAAUUACCAACAAAGUUAGAGUUAAUGAGGCGACAGGGAGUGACGAAUUGAAGCGACUGAGGGAGUGUGCAGUGCAUCUUGAGGAGAAGCUAGGAUCAUUGGGAUCUGAGAGGUUGAAAAAGCAGGAGGAGCUCUCCAAAUUGAUAUGGGAACGUGAUUCUCUUAGGCGCUCGCUAGCAUCUUCUGAUACCCAGUCGAACACGAAUAUGAACCUAGUUAGAGCAGUGAACAGUAUCCGUCUUGGUAACAUUGCCCUACGACGGAGGGUGGAAGCGGCUACCAAAGGUUGUAUAGCUUCACUUGACGGCAGGCUCGCAACACAGUACUUCAAGGGAAAGUCUAGUAUCUCGGCCAAGAGUAUUAUGUUAGGAGGUCGACGCUCAUUCACCCUGGGUCUUUUAAAUGACUAUGGAUUUUUGACUGAGGCGAAGCUCCACAUCCAGCUAUUCCCUUGUGAUCCGCAUGCCUACGCGCGUGAGGACCCCAUGAUACUUGUGGGGGAGAGUCUUCGCUUUUGUCUCAAUGUUGUAGGUGCCGUUGGCAUUCCGGAAUCUUGCUGUGCCCAUGUAUUUUGCAGGUUCAGCAUGUUGUUUGAUAAUGAGGAAAGGUACUUUGCUACGCGGGCCAGCACCGAUACACAAACUCCUCGUUGGAAUUUUGUGAAGCUGUUUGAAGUGCCUAACUUGACGGAAGAGAUCAUUCGCUCCUUCUGCGAACGUCCGAUUUUCACGUUUGAGGUGUUCGCCUUCGGCAUGGAGUGA